CCGCCGGCCGAAGCGAAGGAAGUUCCGCCCGAACACAAAGCAAAGGGGUGAUCACAGUCGGUACGGUUCGAAUCGUCCGGGAAUAUCGGGAACACAACGAACCAGUUCUUUAAUAUUACUUCAGAGAAUGAGACUCCAAGUAUAGGAGAAUUUGGACUAGAUUUUCAGAGUCUGUGUGUUUAUUUUGUGGGACAGAAGAUGACCAAACGACGCCGUUCAAGUUCCACGGAAGCCACACGCAGCCCGAGCAAGAGGGCCAGCCGUCGGAGAGCCCCCAACCCUCCCCCGGCCUCCCUCCCCAACGCCGCCCAGCAAGGCCCGAGCACGAGAACAAGGAGCCGCUCAAGGAGGCAAACAGGGGCGUCUGAGGACACGGAAGGACCAGAUGCAGCCACAAGUCGGGCUACAGAGCCGACAGAACCAGCUGAACAGAUUUCACAAACUCCCGUGUCGCAGGACCAAAGGUCGGCUAACACGGAAGCGGCAGAAGAGCGACCCUCGACUUCUGAAGUACAAGAUUCAACAAACUCUAAAGUACUCGAGUCUUAUCAUUUGUGUUUCAAAAAUGGCGACCACCAUGAAGGAAGUUGUGCAGAUGUACCAAACUUUGAGUCAAGAAUGGAGCAGGAAACCGCCAAAUCUGCAGAAAUGUGGCGAGCAGCUCUCGAAGCUAAAGGUCUGCCUACUGGAGCUGAGCUUCCUGCCCACAGCCGACACCAAACCUUCCAAACAAGAACUGCUGGUGGCACGAGACAUUUUGGAGAUUGGAGCCCAGUGGAGCAUAAUGACAAAGGACAUCCCUGGGUUUGAGCGCUACAUGGCACAACUCAAGUGCUACUACCUGGACUACAACAGGACGGAGCUGCCUGAGUCGGCGUACAAGUACCAGCUGCUGGGGCUGAACCUGCUGUGUCUGCUGUCCCAGACCAGACUGGCUGAGUUCCAUACAGAGUUGGAGUUGCUCCCGUCUAAGGAAAUCUACAACAACAUCUACAUCAAACACCCAGUGUCCAUGGAACAGUACCUGAUGGAAGGCAGCUACAACAAAGUUUUCCUGGCCAAGGGGAACGUUCCAGCCGAGAGCUACAGCUUCUUCAUCGACAUCUUGUUGAACACCAUCAGGGAUGAGAUAGCUGCCUGUGCAGAGAAGGCCUACGACAGGAUAUCCAGCACAGAGGCGGCCAGGAUACUGUUCUUUGAAAACAAGAAAGAUGUAAAGGAGUAUGCAGCAAAGCGCGGCUGGACAUUGAGACCAGACCACUUCUUCGAGUUCAACAAAGAGCCAGAGAAGAAAGAAGAGACAAUCCCGGCCAACGAGCUGGCAUCACAGGCCAUAGAGUAUGCACGGGAACUAGAGAUGAUCGUCUAGCACUGGACUUUUCUUAUUGUAAUAGAACAGCUGUCAUACUUUUUAUAUAUCUGGGAAUUCAAAAAUUUUGGUCCAACUUUCAAGAUUUUCGUAAGAGUUCACAGUAUGCUACAUAGACGAAUGUAGCCCCAGAGAUUAUUAUUUUUGCCAAGAUAAACAAAAGGAUACAGUCAUUGAUAUUUAUUUUCAUUUCCAGCAUGAAUGGAUGUAAGUGAAAGUUAAUGCACAACAGAGAACAUAUAUUAAAGGUCCUUUCUGCCUGAAAGAUGUUAAAGAAUAUUGUCACACAUUAACAGACCUGUGCUAUUAUGUAGGAAUGCCAUUGUAGAAGGAACAUUUUUGAAUACAUUAAAAUAACUCUGUAAUUUCUCUGUAUAGUGAUACUGUAGGAGUAGAGUCCACUUUUACCUGCAGAGACAGGUGUGUUUUCGUGAGCUCCGAGAAAGACAUUAACAUUGAAUGGGAAAAGGUGUCUUGAAUAAAUAAAUGAAUACUUGACAUGUA